ACUUUGUGUCUAUAUUUUUGUUCAGUUUAUAUGUAUUUUAUAUUCAGCUUCUAUAUAUGUGUGUGUAGGAAAGUAUUACCUGUAGGAAGUAAGAGAAAACAUAUCAGUUAAUUUUAUAUUUUAGCCAGUAUAAACAAUGUGGUGAAUAUUUUCCUUAUUAACUGCGGUACCCACUCCAGUCAACAGAUGGCGAUGGGAGUCUUUCAGCUGACGCUCGUUGCGUGACGUAUAUUCUAGUGGACGGGACGCGACAUUUCUUCAACAAGGACAACUAGGCUACUGAUUGAACCACAUCGGUUGUUCGCUAGCAAACAUAAAACCGGUAAUAUUUAGACAAUUUGUGUGUAUAUUAACCUCGGUGUUUUAAACACACUGUCUGCGAAUUUACUAGUUACUUUAAUAUUUACGUUGUCAGCUAGCUAGCUGUUUUAGUUAGCACUAGGAUAGUCUAACGUUCCCGACCAUGAGUUCACUAUCCUACACCCCACCUGCUAAAGAAGAGGAGGUCUGCUGGACGGAGAAAGAAGCUCCCGUGAAAGAGGAUAAGGAAGAGGAGGCUGUCACGGUUAAAAAGGAAGUAGGGGGUGAGGCUGUUACAGUGAAAGAGGAAGACGUUUCAGUGAAAGAGGAGGUGGAUGUUACUGUUGAAGAAGAGGAAGACGCGUUCAGAGUGAAAGAGGAAGGCGUUACAGUGAAAGAAGAGGAGGAUGCAGUUGAAAAAGUGAAAGAGGAGGAGGAUGAGAUUACUGGCACAGUUAUAGAGGAGGAAGAAGAGAAGAAUGGAGAUCUGAUUAACACCAGAGAGAGACAAGACUCUCACUCUGACAGCGAAAAGCGUCUUUCAGAAGAACCAGAGACAUCCAAACCAGCAAGACGACGCCACUCUUCCCAAUGUGGAAAGAGUUUUACCAAGUUAGGGAGCCUUAAAAACCAUGAGAUUACACACACAGGAGAAAAGCCCUACCAAUGUUCCCAGUGUGGAAAGAGUUUUACAAGGUUCUGGAACCUAAAAGAACAUGUGAGGACACACACAGGAGAAAAACCUCAUCACUGCUCCCAGUGUGGAAAGAGUUUUAUCCGGUUAAGCCACCUGAAAGAACACAAGAGAACGCACACAGGGGAGAAGUCUUAUUACUGCUCCCAAUGUGGAAAAGGUUUUAUCCAGUUAAGGAAACUGAAAAUGCAUGAAAUGACGCAUACAGGGGAGAAGCCCUACCACUGCUCCCAGUGUGAAAAUAGAUAUGUUUCAUCAGGAGCCCUGAAGUCACAUAAGAGAACACACACAGGGGAGAAGCCAUACCUCUGUUGCCAGUGUGGCAAGAGUUUUAGCUGGCCAGGGCAACUGAAAGAGCACGAGAGGACACACACAGGAGUGAAACCUUACUAUUGCUCCCUGUGUGGAAAGAGUUUUACCCAUUUAGGGAACUUAAAAAGGCAUAAAAGAUCACACGCUGUAGAGCAGCCGUAUCAAUGCUCCCAGUGUGAAAACGUGUUUUUAUCACCAUGGGACCUGAAAAAACAUGAGAGAACACACUCUGUAGAGAGGCCUUUCAAAUGCUCUCAGUGUGGAAAGAGAUUUAUCCAGCGUUGUCAUUUGAAAGCGCAUGAAAAAAUACACACAGGCGAAAAACCAUUGUGCUCUCAUUGUGGAAAGAGUUUUACCCAGUUAGGGAGCCUAAAAGAGCACGAGAGGACGCACACGGGAGAGAAGCCGUACCACUGUUCCCGGUGCGGAAAGAGUUUUACUCGGUUAUGGUGCCUGAAAGCACAUGAGAGAAUGAAGAAGCUGUGUUCUGACUUAAGUUUUUGACUGAGAAUUUUGUGUUUUUGUUCAUGUCACGUAAAAUCAACUUGGUUCGAUGAUAGAAUCCUUAGUUGCUGCCUACUUUUU